AUGGACUACUCCUUGAACAAAGUGACACCAAACCCUCUCCUCCGGCGUAGAAACUCAAUCGCAACAACCAAGCUCAGCCUGCCAUCAAAGCUCCUCCAAGCCGUCGCCAUCACCACCUCAUCAACACCAUCAUUCCCAACAGUGGAUUUGGAGCUCAUCAAACCCCCCCUGUCCUACACCUCCUUAAAGGACAUCCUCCCCUCCACCGCCAGUGUCCUGUCCCCCACCUCCAACGCCGUGCCAGUGUCAGCCAGUUGCGAGAUCUCCAUACGCAACCGCCUCGUCAAGCAAGCCGCCUGGUCCUACCUCCAGCCCUUAUCCACCUCGCCGGACUCUGUUGGGCCUCACUUCCUCCGCCGACUGUGGGUCAGAUUCUCCUGCGACUACGUCAAGAAUCCCUUCACCGCUUUCCUCCGGUUUUUUGACCGCCGCAUUUUACAGGCCAUAACCAGAGUCUUCGAUCGAUUGAUCCGACUUGUUCGGGUUCGGAGUCAUUGUUUGUAG